AUGCCAUGGCCUCUCCCGGUAAAAGUCUGGUUGCUGAUCAUCGAUGAACUGGGGGCACAAGGCGAAUACGAUGCGUUGGAGGCAUGCGCAGAUGCCGGGGGAGGCCUGCUGAAGGAGAGAGCGAAGAGGUACAUUCCAAAGGAAAUGACAUUUAGGACGCCGGAGGAGGUUGCGAGCAUCAAUGUGGGGCAGCGCUGGAAGGGACCAGAGGAAGUGCACAUCGUGGGAGGGAGGCGAGGCGGUGAGCGGCUUCCGAUCCCACACCUGGCAACAUUCGCGUCGAGGCUCGCAGGAAAGUGGACCAAUGUAAACGAGCUAACGAUCGAGAGGGCGGAGUGGCGGGUGCAGGAUCUCGAUCGGGCUUCCCUCUUACUCGAUUUAGGCUAUUUCAACAACGUCAGGGAGCUCUGCCAUCUCGGCGAUGUCGAGGUCGUCCAGAAUGUCAUCGAUACCCAGACGCUCUCGGCCUUCGGCCUUCAACGGCGCGCUACCCGCCUGGUCGAGAUACAUGUGCAGCGGCGCACUGGAUCACUCACAGCGCACUCCAGGUUCGCUGGACUUCUAGCGCUGACCAUUCCAUUCCUCAAGACACCUCCGAGGAGAAAUGUUCGGCAUCUGGGCCUACAGAAUGUCACUCUUCCGACGCCUGGAGUAUUUGCAUGCUUGCUUUGUGGCCUUCCUGACCUGAAACGUCUCAUCAUCGAAGGACCACAUAUCCAUGUGGACAUGCCCUUUUCAUUGCGGUUAAAUACACUCGAGUUCGGCGACGACUUCUCCCUACUUUCCGAUCUUCAGUCCCUGCAUGAUCUCGUCGACUUCUUCAUACAAACCGGUACCACUGCCCGCCUGAUAUCACUCAUCGCUCCGCUGGGCCCGGAUACGCCUCAGCCACAGCACAGAUUGAAGCUCCACCGCUUCUGA